AUCGCCUCCAAGAAAAACCUCCCAAAUCUGAGAAAAAAUCAAAGAGCAGCGGAACUUUGAACCAAAAAAAAAAAAAAUCAAAGAGGAGCGGAACGAUGACACACACCGAAACCCUAAGUCUCCUCGACGAAAUCGAGUCUCUUAUCUCCGAUCAGCUUCAAGUGGUAUCUUACAAAUGGCUGAGUCGAAAUUUCUCCCUUUCAUCAAAAACGGCCAAGAGCUUGCUUAAGGAUUUCGUUGAGAAAAAUGGGAAAGGCUUGGAAGUUGUAUAUAUUGUGUCUGGGUGGCUAAAGAACACACCUUCCGAUCACCGCACAAGGCUCGUAUCUAGUGCCAAACUUGCAGAAGUGGAGAAAGAAUUCAAUGGAACUCAUUCAGUUUCUAUAUACAGUGUUCAAGCUAGUAUUCCAGAGGAGCCAGCAGCCAUAUGGAACAGUGAGUUUGUACAAGCAGAAGAACUCUUCAGGCAGCCUUUUGCCACCGAUAAUUGCUUGAGAGACAACAGGUUUUGUGGUAUCUCCAAUUCUUUUGUAAAACGUAAUAUAGAGGGAGACACUGCAAAUUUUACAGCCCCGCGAACUGAAAGUGUGAGAACUACAGCACAACCGAAAAGUGCUGUGCCUUCAAUCCCUAAGGUUGGCCAUCAGGCUAAAAAAGAAACUAUUACUGCUCCAGCUCAAAAUCAGUCUGUCAAAUCCUCCAAUGAUAAAGAAAAAUCCCUUCCUGUGCCUGCUACCAAAAAGAACGGACAGGCUGAAAAGAGCGUGACUGGAACUGGGGCUUCCUUGAAAAAUAUGUGGGGCCGUGUGCCUGUGAAAACAGAUGAUUCUGCAAAAAUAGAGGUCAAAGACAACGAUCACUCAGAAGCCCAGAUGCCUUCUCACAAUGUCAAGAACAAGGCAGGCAGCGGUGAUGAGUCCCCAGAUGUCAGUACCAGGAACAGAAAAAGGAAGGUGAUAUUUGAUUUUUCUGAUGAAGAGUGUGAAGAUGUUAUCAGCUUAGUCUCUCCUAGUAGUCCAAAGACUAACUCGGGUCCAGAUAGCGAAGAAACUAAAGAUUCAGGUACGGAGAAGCCUGAUGGACGUGUAUCUGCUCCAGAUGAACAAGAGGUCACCGAAGAAGAGUGUCAAAAAACUGCCUCUGCUGAUACUUGCGGUCUCAAAAAAGAGGAGAAGAUCGAGGGCAAUGGUUCUGAAGCUGGAGGUAAUCAUCACUCAAAGGGAAGAAUAAGUAAUGCUCCUAGUUCACCGAAAAGGAAAAAAGUGUUGAAGACGCGGAUAGAUGAGCGUGGGAGAGAAGUAACCGAGGUAGUGUGGGAGGAGUCAGAAACAAACGCAACGAAGAAAGAAGAGAGUGAUACAAGUAAGAAGUUAAAUGAUGGGAAAAGCGCAAACGCUGCUAGGGCAGUUGCACAGAAAAAGAGCUCGGCCAUGGGAGCUGCAAACGCAGGAGGAAAAACAGGAAGCAAGAAAGGAGGGAAAGUGAAAGAUCCAAAGCAAGGGAACAUAAUGUCUUUCUUCAAGAAAGCCUAAAAUUAAAAACUCUUUUUUUGUUUGUAUUUCUCAGAAACUUGGUGUCAUCUGUUUGUAUGCUUGAAUUCGUUUAUGUAUUGGAAAAGAACUCUUGAGCCGUUAAUGGUAUUCUUGUUAGCCAGAACGGAUCAUGAAACUUGUGUAUUUUUCUAGUUUAUCUGGUCGUCUUAUGUUCUUAUCAUUAGCCGUUAAUGAUGCAUUAUCUAUUUGGCA